GUCAAAUUGCAGAUCAAUUUGACUAUUUGACUUUUGUUGUCAUCAAACAAUGCGAAUGCUAGUGAUCCAAUCUGGUAUUUAAAUUGAAGUUAAAAAUGGGGUUCUUAACUAUUUUAAAAAAACUACGGCAAAAGGAGAAAGAAAUGCGCAUACUUAUGCUUGGACUUGACAAUGCUGGUAAAACGACAAUUUUAAAACGUUUCAACGGAGAGCCGAUAGACACAAUUUCGCCAACUCUCGGUUUUAAUAUAAAAACUUUGGAACAUCGUGGCUAUAAACUAAAUAUAUGGGACGUCGGAGGGCAGAAAUCAUUAAGGUCAUACUGGAAGAAUUAUUUUGAGAGCACAGAUGGAGUGGCGUGGGUUGUCGACAGUGCUGAUGCUAGGAGGUUGUCGGAUUGUGCAAAAGAGCUGCACUCCCUCCUCCGAGAAGAAAGACUGGCCGGAGCAACAUUACUAGUGCUGGCUAAUAAAGCUGACCUACCGGGAGCCCUGACACUGCAGGAAAUAAGAGAGGCUCUUGAUUUGGAUAGUAUUAAAACCCAUCACUGGCGUAUACUGAGCUGUUCAGCGGUGACAGGAGAGAACCUUCUAGAUGGAAUGGACUGGAUGCUGGAUGACAUCGCCUCCAGAAUAUUUACACUUGACUGAUUGCUUAACAAACAAUACUUAAGACUCUUUCAAGAAAUGCUUAUUAUUGUGUUGCGUGCCUGUCAUCUCAAAUGUUGGGAACCUAUAUAAUUUCUGCUUCCUUCAUGUUUGUUUUGCACAAAUUAUAUUAAUGUAAAUUUAUAUAAUAUUAUAUUUCUCAGAUCUUAUAUCAAUGUGAAAGAACACUUUAAAGCUCUUUUCUUAACAAAUUCUAAAUAAUGUGUCCGUGGGAUUGGUAAAUUUCUCAACUUCUCAGUCAUUGAACCAUGUUAGUAUUCGUAAUUUUAGAAACUUAUAUCUCCAUGAAUCAGUUUGUUCAACAGAUCAUUAUUGUAAAGUGUGACUUAAUGUAAAUUUUGGUAUUCAGAACGGUCACAGGAAAUACUCAAGAAAGCUGAAAGAACAAUUAAAAGUGUUUCUUUUUAUUUAUUUCAAUAUAUUGCUUGUAACAUUUAAAUUAUACUUAGUUAAUAAUUUCUCAAGAGAAAUAAACUUUUUACAACUCUAAAA